UCUAAAAAUAACUCCCUUCCCGGUGAUGCUGUUUUCUCCACGUAUGAAGUGAAGCUUCGAUCAAAUGAAAGUAUAGGCUUUACGACCAACAUGGCCUUAGAAGUUUUGCGAUCUGCAGUGAAAUUAGACCAUGUUUAUGCCAAAGAAGACGAGGACAUUUUGGAUUUUGGAAGAGAUGUGAAUUUGUCCGAAGCAAUCGAUAGUUUAGCAGAGCUAAGCGAAAAUGACCUUCUAAGUUUAUUUUUUCAAGACAACAGCACUAAACUCACAGAUACUACUCUGUCAUCGUUCGAUGAGUUAAGUUUUUCACCACAGAGCGAAAGUACAUCAUCAGAAUCAUGCAUGACUCCAAGCCCUGACACCAUGGACUUGGAGAGCACCUCUUCACCUGAAGGGCUACUCAAUACAGAUGACUUUGCUCUUGAUGUUGAUCUUGAAUGGCUUUGUACAUUAGACGAAGGAGUUGCUCCUGUGACCUCUGCCAAUCAACCAUUAACGACAGAAAAACACCAGCCAUUGUCUACGACAGUUGAUAUGCAAGUACUCAAUCAACCCAAAGUUACCUCAACCUCUGGUUUAACAGAAAAUGACUUAAUAGUCCAUAAACCAACUUCAUCUCGGAAAUCUAGUCUUCCACUUGUUUUGUCAGGGGAAGAAAAAAGACUUCUUGAGAUUGAAGGAGUUACGCUUCCUACAGAUGUUGCCUUAACAAAGGCUGAAGAAAGAGUUUUGAAAAAAGUGAGAAGAAAAAUCAAGAAUAAGCAAUCAGCACAAGAGAGUAGAAAGAAAAAGAAAGAUUAUGUAGAUGGUCUUGAAAAAAGGGUUCACAUUUGCACACAACAGAACAGAAGCCUACAGCAGAAAGUUGACACAUUAGAAAACCAAAACAAGUCAUUGUUGGAACAGCUAAAACAACUGCAAGCAAUUGUAGCCUCCACGCAUCCAAGCAAAACACAGGCUGGAACAUGUCUUAUGGUGCUGAUCCUAGCCUUUGGAUUAGUCUUGUUCCCAAUUAAUGGCAUCAGUGACAAUCAAAAGUCCACUGUGACGUCGUAUGUAACAUCUAGUGUUCGAUCUCGCACACUUCUACAAGUGAAAGAUGACUAUCUGCAUGAAGAACAAGUGAACACACCAAAGAUAAACCCCAAUGGUUCAGAGUUAUUAAUGCCUGCAGCAAUAGAACUUGACUGGGAAGGUGAUUCAAGAGAAUUAUUAACAGAUUUCACUACAGAUGUGAACAAAGACAAAGACAGUGACAGCACACAUCACAUGGAGAAAAACACCAUGAGAACAGAGAAAAGAUAAUGUAUUAUUAUUAUUAUCAAUAUAUUGUAAAUAUAAACCAGAGAAUGUAACUCAAGAGAGGUAAUGAAAUACUUGCAUGUGUCAUGUGAUGAACCCUACAAUAUUCUAAUUUUAGUCCAUCAAGAGAGUGGACAAAAUAUUAACAUAAUAUAUUCCUAACACAUUUUUACAAAGUAAUGCAGGGUACUUGUUUUAAGC